CUGACGGAGGACAAAGGCCGAGACCUCGUCGUUCCCCGCUUCUCAUCAUCUCCCACCAUCUGCUUGUCCCUCUCUCUUCGCUGUACCGAAGCAGAAUACAGAGAAAAGAAAAAAAAAAUGGCAGCGACUCGACAGAUGAUGGGCUCUGCGCGGAUGCUUCGCGCUGCUCGCCCUUCGCUCUACGCGACGCCCGCGUACGUGUCUUCGUCCGCCUCGGCAUCCGCCUCUUGCUCGGUUCAGCAGCAUCGCAGCGGCCGCGCUGCAGGGUGCAGCAGCAACAGCAGCAGCAGCAGCAGCUUCUCCACGAGCGCGCGGGCCAGCGGGCCCUGGUCUUACUCUGGCAAGUCGAACAAGCCGCUUCAUCGUUAUCUUGUCAUCGCAGAGGACUACCCCGAUCCGGGUGCGCUCGCACGACGGCUCGAGGUGCGCGAGAGGCACCUCGAGGGAGCUGCCGAAGGCAUCGAGUCUGGACUGAUCGAGCUUGGCGGGGGGUUCCUCAAGCGCGACUUUGAUCAAGUCGACGAAGAAGUCGGCCCGGCUUCAAGCAUGAUUGGCAGCCUCAUGGUUGUCCUCGGCGAGUCGAUUGAAGACGUGCGAUCGCGUGUGAUGCAGGACGAGUACGUGCAGGCAGGCGUCUGGGAUCCCUCGAGGCUGCGCAUCGUGCCCUUCCUCCGCGCCGUCGUGGCCUCCUCGCACGAGUCGAAGGCCGCGGGCCACCCAGCCGUGGGCAGGCUCGCGCCCAUCUCGCGGCGGUCGCCCAAGGGCGAGAGCAAGAUCAAGCGCUCCCUCAUGGCGCGCGAGGAAGUCUACGUCUCCGACCCUCGCGCAAGCGGCCUCGCGAUCCGCCAGGACGACCGCCAGUCUGCGGCCCGCACCAAGGCCAGCCUGGGCGAGCUCCGGUCGCAGCAGGACAAAAAGACGGGAAAGGGCAUCACUCUCGGCUCGCUGAGAGAGGGCGCCGACAAGACACCGCCCGUGUACUGAGCUGCGCAUCUACGCCGACUAGAUCCUUUCCUGACUCGUGCCCUGUGACUUGAUACACCACUCUUUUCUGUAUAUCCCCCACUUCGGCCGACCGACCACCCCCCA